AUGUCGAAGAAUAUCAACAUUUCAUCACGAGCGCAAUUGAACAUUUAUCUUUUCGAUGAUUUUUUUUUUUUUGUUCAUGUCAACUAUGCAUAUAUAAAGACUCCCGACAUUCUAGAUUGGGAUGCAACUUCGCAUAUGCAAGGUCAAAGGCCACAGAGAUCAAAUAGUUUGCUUUUUGAAGGGUUGACUUUCACAACAACUAAUUUGACCUCUAAAGAGAAAAGUCAUGUGGCUGAAAUUGUUUCCUUUAUGGGUGGGAAGCUAGACAAUAACUUAACAUCAGAAACCAAGGUGUUGGUUGUUGGAAGUCUUGAAACCGCAAAGACUAGAUAUUGCCUCACAAAUAGAACAGAUGUAACUCUACUAUAUCCCGACGAUCUCUAUGAGAUUUAUAAAAGAUUCAAAGAAAAAAACAUUCCAGAGCCAGCACUCCAAAUACUAGACGAUUACCCAUGGCCCAUAUUUGAUGCCACUCUAUUUUGCUUGUCCAGGUUGAGAGAUGUGUCUAACCCAUGUUUUGAGAAGAACUAUAUUACCAAGCUGAUUCAUCAUUUUGGCGGCAAGGCUAUAUCUUCCCUUACUCCAAAGGUGAAAUAUCUAAUAACAGAGAAAAAGGAAGGUAAGCGUUACGAAAGCGCAGUAGAAUGGAAUAUACCUGCAAUUCAUCCCAGAUGGAUCAUUGAUUGCUGUAACUGUCAGAGGAUUCUUGACCCCCGCUUAUAUGAUAUCUCUAAAGUCAAACUUGAAAACAUAGGUAAAAAUGCAUACGUCAGUCAUAGGAAUGUUGUUGAUUAUGGGACAUUGGUCAACAAUCCAAUAUAUAAACAAGUGUCAACCUUAAACAAAUCUGGUUCAAAUGAAACCCAUCUAGCUGUAAACCCAAGCAUCUCAAACAGUACCUUAUUCAGUGGAUUUAUUUUCACCUAUUUUGGCUUUAAUGAACAACAAACUAAAAAACUUUCUGAUGUUUUGAAAGAGAACGGUGCUGAAAUUCAGGAGGAGUAUGAUUUAACUGUUAUGUAUGUGAUUGUACCUUCUACAUGUGUGUUUGAUAAUAUUCCAGAACACAUAAAAAUGUCUCAGGGUACAUCAGAUACAAGGAUUGUAAAUGAAUGGUUCAUUGAGAGAUGUCUACAUUAUGGUAAAAUAAUGUACGAUUCGUGGUCGAGUCCUCCUCGAUAUUUAAAUUUAAACUACCAAUUGAAAAUACAUAUAACGGGGUUCUCAGAGAUGGAACACCUUCAUAUUACGAAACUGAUUAGAAAUCUGAAUUUAACAUUCAGUAUGGAGCUAACAGAAGAUUGUGAUUUUUUGGUUGCAAAUCUCACAUCUCUCGGACUUACAAAGUCAAAUUCUCCGCAGCUUUUCAAAUACAAGUGUCCCGAUAUUCUCACAUCGAAAUCAAACAUGAGUACGUCGAAUAUUACCCUAACAAAGAAAAAGAUAAAUUCUGCAAAAAAUUGGGAUAUUCCAGUUGUAAGCCUUGCCUUUAUAUGGGAAAUAUCGCAAACGGGCAUCCUGCCACAUAUCCUAGAUACUAAAUGGUGUAUCUUUGCCCCUAGAAGCAUGAGGCCUGCUUCUAAUUUUCUCUCGUAUGCAAGAUCACUGUCAGGUGGUACCUUCCGUACACAAAAUCCUAAUACCCAGGAAGAAUCACUAGGUUCUACGAAAUAUCAAAACACGCAGAACUCGGAUAUUCAAAGUAAAAAUCAGCCAGAUUCAACUUCUAGAGUCCCAGUACCACUUCCGUCACCAAGAAAGAGUUCCCCCAAAAAAUGGCCAAAGUUAAUAGGCACAGCUUCUGAAUCGCAAUUGAAAUCAAUAAGCAUGCCGAUGGACGAUGAUUACGAUUUUAGAUCUGCUAGAAGAACGUUAUUUUCUGAAGAUAAAGAAAGAAAAGUAAUUGAGUUUGAAGAUGAUUUUGGAGAUGAUUUGCCGGUUUUUAAAAAAAGGAGGCUGUAA